AGUAGGCCUGGGUUCCUUUCGAACCCACCCAGGCGCUGGGUUCACCUGGGUUCGACGAACCCAGGCGAUCUGGGUUCGGCCAGGGUUCGACGGACCCAGAUCGCCUGGGUUCCACGGACCUAGAUCGCUUGGGUUCGGUUCCUUGCGAACCCAGCGUCUGGGUUCGCAAGGAACCCAAGUGUGCUGGGUUCUUCGAUCUGCUGGGUUCUCGGUUUGCUAGACUUAGCUGAGAGAUGUGAAUUAUGUGAGUAAAUGAGAUUUCAUGGAAGCAAAAUGGCAUUCACUGAUGAAUUUUGUUAGUUUUUGUCACUCUGGUCUGUGAAACGUGAGGCAUUGAUACAGAGAGUGACUUCUAAUACAUCAACUUCUCAUUCCUUCUAUAACAAGCUAUAAAUUGAGAAUUGAGGAUUUAGUACAACUGAGUUGCAAAGUUUUUCUUGUGGCCUUGCGCUGGCAUAGCAUGCUCCAGUAAAGUAUAAGCAGCAUUUCCUACUUCAUUAGAAAAAUGGAUAUUAAAGAGGCAGAGAGGGUAGUCAUAGCCAAACCAAUAGCUUCAAGGCCUACUUGUUCCAGUUUUAGGUCUUUCUUAGAGCUCCUUGCAGGUGCCAUUAAUGCCUCACCCACUAAUUCUUGUUCUGAAACUGCAGUUGCUGCAAUUAGACCAAAGACUGUGUGGUUCAAGCCAGGGGUUAGUCGUGCCCCAACAAUGAUGGUUUCUUCUCAGGCAGAGCUUCCCAGAACAGCAGCCUGUAAUUCAACUGAUAAGGUUUCAGAAUCAGAUAGCAAACCGACUUUGGUUUAUAAACCACAGGCAAAGCUUGUCUCAAAGACUACUGUUUCUCUCUUGGCAAACAUGGGAAACUUCAAUACUAGUCAUCAACAAGCACUAUUAGCAGUUGAGGCAAGAGCUCAACAACUGAACCAAGAAAAGCAAAAUUUCCAAUCCCAAUUCAUCUCAAAUAUUCAGCAGAGUACUACAUCACAGGCAGAUACAGAGCAAACAAGUGAACCCUCAAAGAUGACAUCUUAGAACAUGGAUGAGGAUCCCAAAGGUAUUCCUGCUAGAACUGAUAGACCCUCUUAUGAUGGCUAUAAUUGGAGGAAAUAUGGGCAGAAACAAGUAAAAGGAUUUAUGCUUU